AUGGGGCAAGCGGAGAAAUUGAUGAAUCAGAUCAUGGAACUGAAAUUCACCGCGAAGAGCCUCCAACGCCAGGCAAGGAAGUGCGAAAAAGACGAGAAAACCGAGAAACUCAAAGUCAAGAAGGCAAUCGAGAAAGGAAACAUGGACGGAGCACGAAUUUACGCCGAAAACGCGAUCCGUAAGCGUAAUGAACAGAUGAAUUACCUCCGUUUAGCCUCUCGCCUCGACGCGGUGGUCGCAAGACUUGAUACACAAGCCAAGAUGAAUACGAUCAGCAAGUCGAUGGGGUCGAUCGUCAAGUCUCUUGAGUCAACCCUAGCAACAGGUAAUUUGCAGAAGAUGUCGGAGACGAUGGACCAGUUUGAGCGACAGUUUGUGAAUAUGGAGGUACAGGCAGAGUUCAUGGAGAGCUCGAUGGCCGGUAGCACUUCACUUUCGACUCCUGAAGGAGAAGUUAACAGCUUGAUGCAACAAGUGGCUGAUGAUUAUGGUCUGGAGGUGUCUGUGGGUUUGCCGCAACCAGCUGCGCACGCUGUGCCAACAAAGAAUGCCGAGAAGGUUGAUGAAGAUGAUCUGUCUAGGCGUCUUGCAGAACUUAAAGCUCGCGGGUAA